AUGAAAAUCAUGACUGUGCAUCCAAAACCACCAAAAAUCAAUGUUCGGACGGAAGUGGCAGAUAUGUUGAAACAUAUAAGGGGAGCAGUAGGUGAGCUCUUCGAAAAAAGAAAACGAAAAAAAGGAAAACGUGCGACUUCCCACACUCUCUCUUUCGACAGUCGUUCGUUAUCAUUCUUUUCAUAUAUUUAUCGGACCCAUCCUAGCACGAUGCACUCUUUGACGCUGUUACUGAAUAGCAUGACCAUGGAAGGAAUGCAAUCACAAGCCAUAGAUUCAUCCAGAGAGCCUAUAGAGUCCAGGCUUUUCAGUCGCACCAACCUAACACUCCUCGCAUAG